AUGGAUAGAUCACAUCUUCCACCUAAGCGGGGUAAUGACUUACCUUACGAUCGAUAUGAUGACGAGGGUCCAUCAGAAAAGAAACCGCGAUUCGACCUUCGCAACCCCUCAGCCCUUGCGCACGAUGAUGACGUUGAAGAGGAUGCGGUACUAGAUGCCGACAAUAUUGGCCGCCGUGGUCAAAACGUACGACGAAGUGCGGUGAAGCUCGAUGGCUACGACUCUGACAGUGAAAACGAAGGUUUCAAAGCACGCGGAGAUAAAUCAAAGAGUGCGCGCGAUGAAAUUGACGAGGAUGACAUCGCCGCCGAGCUCGAGGCAGACUUUGCAGAAGAGGACGAAGAAGAAGAAGAUCACAGCAAUAGAAAAUCUGUUCGCUUCCUAGAAGACGACGAGAUCCAGGGACAGGUUCGGUCCUCCAAAGGCGGAAAAACAAUGCAUGCCAGCGACCAAGCCGACGAGGAGGAAAGCAGUGAUGAGAGUGAGGUUGGAGAAGCAGAGCGUGCCAGGCUCGAUGUAGAUUUGGAUAAAGAACUUGGUGCAGGCGCAAAAAAGAAGAACGCGCCACUCCUCGACGGCUUUAACAUGCAGAACGAGCAAGAGGACGGUCGGUUUGAUGACGCGGGCAAUUUUGUUCGCAAUGCCCGAGACCCAGACGCUGUCUAUGAUCAAUGGCUCGACGGUGUUUCCAAGAAGGAGAUUCGCAAAGCCAGAGAGGCCGCGGAUAAGCGCGAGGAAAAAAUACUGGAGAAAGAGAAGAGAGAUGAUAGCUUUCUAACGGCUGAUGUCCUAAAGACACUUAUCACGAAUAUGGAGCGCACCGAGACUAUACUGGAAGCUCUUGCCCGUCUUGGGAAAGGCAUAAAACGAAAGCCAAAGUGGCAGACGAAAAAGAAGAACAAGAAGAGCAACGUCGUUGAAGACAUCGAAAUGGAUGAAGACAACUCCGAUGAGUCUGGCCGGAAAAAGGCCAUCGAGGCUCUAACAGGUGCCGCCGAUAUCCUCAUGCACCGAGGCCAACCAGAUAUCUAUGAUUUAGAGCGCGAGCUAUUGACUCGACAAUACCGCAAGGAGACAGGAAACGAUUGGAUUGACCCUCCUUCAGAAUCUAGUAAGGCGGAUGGUCAAGGGCCUACGAUGUGGGAAUAUCGAUGGUCCGAUGCUCGAGAUGGUGGUGAUGCACAUGGUCCCUACGAUAGCGUCAUGAUGGAUUCCUGGACAAGUGCCGGCUACUUUGGAGAAGGAGUUGAAUUCCGUCAGGUUGGAAAUACAGGGCCAUGGAGUCAUACAGCCAGAUUUGUCUAA